AUGCUUCCAAACUCGCUCUUUUUGUCGACCACGGCAUCAGCCUUGUUUUUGCUGUUGCUGCCAUUCCGUCUAUCGAAGCUUCGCAAAGAAACGAUCAAGGUCAUUCCGGAACACCACGGCCAUGGCAAAGUUAUCAUCGCAAUCAUCUUAGUUGUGGCCCAGUCAAUCAUACUCGCUACGACAGCACUCUCGACGCCCCGACUUGGGCUCAAUUUAGCUUCUGCUAUUUUGUCCUUGGUGGCUUAUGUGGGCCUUUGCCCGCUGCUCUUGUUGGAGCACACCAAGUCCGUCAGGCCGUCGGAUCUCGCUGUUGUCUAUCUGCUUGUAUCGUCGGGAUGCAAUUUGCUUGACUUGGGAACGGGAGUUCCUAACAAUGGGUCCGCCAUAAUCGUCGCCCCGGCAUUUACGAGUCUUUGCAUCAAGGGCGUGCUUCUGGUUGUUGAACUUCGAGGAAAGCAAACGAUCCUGCAGAGUCCUCGUGAUCAGUGGUCUCCAGAGGAAUUGUCCAAUAUUCUGGAUCGAACGUUCUUUGGAUGGAUCAAUCCGAUUCUCGUCCGAGGGAACAGAUACAUUCUAACUGGAGACUGCCUUCCAGUGAUGGACAGCAAGCUGUUAUCGCAACUUCGACGCCAGCAAGCCCUGCAAGCAUGGAGUCAGAGAAACAAGCCCGAGAAAAAGAUGACGCUACCCAAAGUACUGCUGCGUAGUAUUCUUCCGCAGUUUCUUGCGCCCAUCAUCCCUCGCUUUGUUCUCAUCGGAUUCCGCUACGCUCAGCCGGUCCUAAUCGGUACUGUCAUCCGCUCCAUCAGCAUGUCAUCCGAGGAAUCUCAAGAUGGAGGGUACUCAGUUGUGUCGAUGGCUGUCUUUGUCUAUAUCGCGAGAACUGCCUAUCAGCACAGUCUCAACCGCCUCAAGAUUAUGAUCAGGGGCGCUGUUGUUGGUCUCCUCAACAACAAGCAACUCAAUCAGCAGUCUACUGGCUAUGGCGAUACAAAGGUGGUUACUUUGAUGAGUACAGACGCAGACAACGUGGUUCAGUCGGCUUCCAUGUUCCACGAGACGUGGGCGCAGAUCAUCGAGGUUGGUAUAGGCACCGCGAUGCUAGCUCGGAGAGUCGGUUGGGUUUGCGCGGUUCCAUUCGUCAUGAUCUUUUUUUGCUCUCGUGUGAGUCGAUAUCUGGCAAAGAACCUCCAGAGCAAGCAAAAGGAUUGGUCUGUGGCUACUCAGAACCGAAUCGCCAUGACCACGUCUAUGCUUGGCUCGGUCAAGAGUCUGAAGAUGCUUGGGAUCGUAGACCAUACGGAAUCUCUGAUCCUCUCCUUACGCCUUCGGGAGCUUGAAAUGGCCAAGAAAGUCCGGUGGAUGAUGGUCGCUUACAACGCGAGUGCAAACGCUCUCGGUAUUUUCGCCCCCAUUCUCACGCUCGUUCUGUACGUGAUCGUCGCGAGACUUAACGGCUCCGCACUCGAUGUUGAGACCGCCUUCACGACUACGGCGCUACUCGGCUUGGUGACGCACCCUGCCAACAUGAUUAUGACCAUCGUGCCGCAAGCUGUGGGCUCGCUGGCGGCUUUUGAACGAAUUCAGCAAUAUCUCAUUGAGCCACCCCGAAAGGACCAAAGACUUAUUUUCGAUAAAGCAGAAGACAGCCUCGUCGACAUUUCGCCCGCCAUAUCUUUGGAAGCCGUCACUGUCCAAGGGCUCACUGCAUCGAAACCUCCGGCUUUCAGCAAUCUCAACCUCGUUAUUGACAAGGGUUCAAUAGUCAUGUGUUCUGGUCCCGUUGGAAGCGGCAAAACGAUGCUUGUCCGAGCCCUCUUGGGGGAGGUCCCCACGGCUUCUGGAACGAUAUCUGUGUCGACGAAGCAUAUAGGAUACUGCGAGCAGUCUCCUUGGUUACCAAGCGGAACCUUCAAACAAGCAGUCUGCGGUUUCCUCCCCGAGGAGCCAAGCUGGUAUCAGGAGGUGAUCCAACUAUGCUGCCUCGAUGAGGACCUCCUGCCAAAUCCCAGCGGCGACAGUACCACAAUAGGAAGCCGAGGCUUGAACCUUUCUGGAGGACAACGACAACGGGUGGCUCUUGCCCGAGCUAUAUACGCCCGCAGUGAGAUUGUGAUCUUGGACGAUAGCUUCAGCGCACUUGACGGUAAAACAGAAAGUCGUGUCGUUGAGAACCUGCUUGGUUCUGCAGGUCAUUUCAAGAAAACGGGCACGACUGUCCUCCUUGUUACUCAUUCUACUGCGCAUUUCAACCUAGCAGACCAGCUAAUUAUCCUGGGUGGCGGAACCAUUGCGUACCAGGGGACGUGGGAUGACCUGAAGCAGAACCCCAAGUACGCCUCACUGAAAGUUAAUAUUGAUGAUUCAAAGAACGAUACGGUCGUGAAGCAGCCCCAAGUGGACAAGACCGUGCAGAGCCAGAAAUUGAAGAUGGCCGAGGCUGUUUCUGAUCUCAGCAGAGCAACGGGAGACAUCUCUCUCUAUGGAUACUAUUUUCGGGCUGUAGGCUUUCGUCAUAUCCUACUACUUCUCGCUUGCACCUCAACAUAUUCUUUCUUCGUAACUGUCCCUCAGUACUGGUUGCAAAAGUGGACGGAGGCACCAGUAUCCCAGACAACAUUCUAUAUUUGUGGCUACCUCAUCUCAUCUUUACUAGCAUGGCUCGCUACAAGCGGAACGAUGUGGUCAACCCAAAUCCUGAUCGCACCCGCUUCCGGCACUGAACUACAUCGCCGCCUACUCUCAACUAUCAUCGGUGCCCCACUGUCGUAUUUCUCAAAGACUGAUAUGGGAGUUACAUUGAAUCAUUUCAGUCAGGAUAUACAACUGGUAGAUAAGCAGUUGCCGCCAGCCACCAUGUCCAUGUCGAAUCAGGUCUUCAAGCUGCUCGUACAGGUGGUUUUGUUAUUCAGCACACAAAAGCUGCUGGCUCUGUCGCUUCCCCUUUGCGCCGCGGUCGUGUAUCUCGUGCAGCGGGUGUACUUACGCACCUCGCGACAAUUGCGUCUGCUAGAUCUCGAGUCGCAGUCGGCAGUCUACUCGAGCUUCCUCGAAUCAGUUGAAGGCGUCACGACUAUCCGAGCUUUUGGUUGGGAGAAACAAGCCGAGCAUGCCAACGUGGUCUGUCUUGAUAAGUCGCAGAAGCCAGCAUAUAUCCUCUUCUGUCUACAACAGUGGCUGGGCAUCGUUCUGGAUCUCAUGGUUGCUGCGAUUGCCACAGGCCUCAUCACACUUGCAGUUUUUGUGAGGGGAACGACGACGGCCGGUCAGAUUGGUAUGGCGUUGAAUAUUGUGUUGGCUGCGAACGCGACGCUUCUUAGCCUCGUGACAUCUUGGACGAAUAUGGAGAUUUCCCUAGGUGCCAUAUCUCGCUUGAAGACCUUGGAGGCCGAUACGCCGAAAGAGGGACAGCCGCACGAGGACUUUGUUCCCACGGAGGCGUGGCCGUCAUCUGGAUCAGUCGAGUUCGAUAAGGUCACCGUUUCGUAUAACCCCGACGCAGUGGCUUUACAAGACGUUACCUUGAAGGCCUCUCCAGGCCAGCAAUUGAUCAUUUGCGGUCGAACGGGCAGCGGCAAAAGCACCCUACUCCUCACCCUCCUACGUCUUCUUGACACGGAUGCUGGAAGCAUCAGGAUUGACGGGGUCGAUCUACGUCUCGUGCCACGUUCUCUAAUUCGACAGAAGUGCUUCAUCACGGUUUCCCAAGAGUCAUUCAUUCUGGGACAUGCCAGUCUCCGCUUCAAUCUCGAUCCCUCGACUUCUCUUCCAGAUGAAGCAAUCAUCUCAGCCCUCGAGAGGCUCGGCCUGCUGUCACACUUCCACCUACAAAACACUUCAUCUGAGGAGGAAACUCGCAACACUCUAGACAGCCCACUAUCCUCUCUGCCACAAAUGUCCACCGGUCAAUCGCAGCUGUUCGCACUAGCUAGAGCGCUCGUACAACUCAAAUCCAUCAACCACCCGCCCGAAUCAUCAGCAAACGGAACUGAAUGCCGACACAUCAUGCCCAUUCUUCUGUUGGAUGAAGCCACAUCCUCGCUCGAUACCGAGACUGAAUCUGUCACACGCGACAUCAUACGCCAGGAGUUCACAGACAAGGGCCAUACCGUAAUAGCAAUCACGCAUAGGCUGGGCGGCGUGACGGAAGGCUUGCGGCCAGGACAGGAUGCCGUGGUCUUGUUGUCCAAGGGCAAGAUUGGGAAGCUUGGCGAGGCGGAGGAUGUGUUGGACGCGACGGCUUUGAAGGGGUAG